CACACGGGAGGGGGAGAUAGAAGGCGGUGUUUAUUUUUCCUAAUUUAUUUAUUUACUCUUUUCCCCGUAAUCACUUUUUUGUAUUUUAUGCAUCUUUCUCCUGCUUUUCCUAUGUCGAUGGAGGCACCUCUACUUUUGCUUCUUCUACCUCCGCUUGGCUUGCUAGGCGUUAUCAUGCUAGAUAGCUAGCGGUAGCUAACUCCUCACAGAAACUUCCCGUCAUAGGGGCACAAACAGACGGUGAAGGGGAACGACACAGCAGUCGAUGAUAAAAUCACAUCCCCUCCUCACGAAAGAUAAAAAGGCUGAUUCAGGACAAAGAAAAUCUGCAUUUGCUCAUUUCCGGAGCCCCAGACGGCUGUACAUUCGGACUGGAGAUAGCUAGCCUAGCCUGCGAGUCCUUUCUGUUGGUGCUGCAGUCUGUGCAGCAGCGUUAACGGUUCCAAUUACUGGUAACUACGGGGAUUUAAUGGGACCUUUACUUCCUUAGGACCACCCCCCGGCGGACCAUCGCUCGAAUAUUUCUCGGGCGCUGUCCAUAUCGGGGGGUGUCCGGCCGUUGAGUCAUUCUGCCCGGGGAAGGAAGGUUCAUCCUCUCCAACCCCGGUGGACGCUCCGGCCGGCGUUAGCACCAGAGCCCUAUUAUGGCAGGAAAUUUGAAGAAAGGAGGGGGGUUGAUCGGGAUGAUGAAGGACGCUUUUCAACCGCACCAUCACCACUUGCACGCACAUCAUCAGCCGGGAGCCGUGGAUAAAAAGACGGUGGAGAAAUGCUGGAAACUCAUGGACAAGGUGGUGCGGCUCUGCCAGAACCCCAAGCUGGCGCUGAAGAACAGCCCUCCCUACAUCCUGGACCUGCUGCCCGACACCUACCAGCACCUGCGCACCGUCCUGUCCCGCUACGAGGGCAAGAUGGAGGCCCUGGGCGACAACGAGUACUUCCGCGUCGUCAUGGAGAACCUGACCAAGAAGACCAAGCAGACCAUCAGCCUGUUCAAAGAGGGCAAGGAGCGCAUGUACGAGGAGAACUCCCAGCCCAGGCGGAACCUGACCAAGCUGUCGUUGAUAUUCAGUCACAUGCUGGCUGAGCUCAAAGCCAUAUUUCCGAACGGCCUGUUCCAGGGAGACAACUUCCGCAUCACCAAGGCGGACGCAGCAGAGUUCUGGAGAAGGUCGUUUGGGGACAAGACCAUCGUUCCAUGGAAAGUGUUCCGCCAGGCGCUGCACGAGUUUCACCCAAUCAGCUCAGGCCUGGAGGCCAUGGCCCUGAAGUCCACCAUCGACCUCACCUGCAACGACCACAUCUCCGUCUUCGAGUUCGACAUCUUCACCAGGCUCUUCCAGCCAUGGUCGUCUCUGCUGCGGAACUGGAACAGCCUGGCGGUGACACACCCAGGGUACAUGGCCUUCCUCACGUACGACGAGGUCAAAGCACGUCUGCAGAAGUUCAUCCACAAGCCAGGCAGCUACAUCUUCAGGCUGAGCUGCACGCGGCUGGGCCAGUGGGCCAUCGGCUACGUCACCGCAGACGGCAACAUCCUGCAGACCAUCCCCCACAACAAGCCGCUGUUCCAGGCGCUCAUCGACGGCUUCCGGGAGGGAUUCUACCUGUUCCCGGAUGGACGGACACAAAACCCGGACCUCACUGGGCUGUGUGAGCCGUCCCCUCAGGACCAUAUCAAAGUCACGCAGGAGCAGUACGAGCUGUACUGUGAGAUGGGCUCCACCUUCCAGCUGUGUAAGAUCUGUGCGGAGAACGACAAGGACGUGAAGAUCGAGCCCUGCGGUCACCUGAUGUGCACAUCCUGCCUCACCGCCUGGCAGGAGUCGGAGGGUCAGGGCUGUCCGUUCUGUCGCUGUGAGAUCAAGGGCACAGAGCCCAUAGUGGUGGACCCUUUUGACCCGAAGGACAACAGCGGGGGCCUGUACGGGGGCUGCAGGGGCAUGUUUGGGGCGGAAGCCCCCUCACCCAGCGAUGAUGACGACGAUCGGCUGGAUGACCCCCACCUGAUGAUGAGCAGGCUCGCAUGUGCCAAGGUGGAGCGCCCCCCCUCGCCCAUGUCCCUGGCCCCCCAGGCCUCUCUCCCCCCUGUGCCACCCCGCCUCGACCUGCUCCAACACCGGCCCCCAAACCCUCCCGGGGCCUCCAGCCCAGGGGCCACGACCAAGGUUGCAGCGCACCACAAAGAUAAGCCCCUCCCCCUGCCCCCCGCUCUACGCGACCUGCCCCCGCCCCCUCCCCCGGACCGCCCCCACUCGGCCGGGCCCGAGGCGCGGCUGCAGAGACGGCCCCUGCCCAGCACCCCCGGCGACAAGCCCCCGCUGGCCCCGCCCAAUCGGGCCCUGACGGACUGGAACCCCCGGCCCGUGCCCAAAGCGCCCACGCAGCCCCCCUGCCUGUCCAACCGCCACUCGCUCCCCCUCGCCCUGCCCUCCACGCUGGACGGACGGACAGACGCACAGCGGAACAGCUCCCUCAGUCUGGACCAACCGCCGACGUUUGGGCCGAGUGCCUGUGGGAGUCAGGAGUAUGACAGCCCGAAAGUGAAGCCUUCCUCCUCAGCCAAUGCCAUCUAUGCCCUGGCAGCCAGGGCUCUCCCAGCUCUCAAACAGCUGGCAGGGGAGGAUGCCCAGGAGAGCGAGGAGGAGUCUGAGUACAUGACCCCCUCCUCGCGCCCCGUCCUGCCCCCUAUGGGAGCCAGCGGAGGAGACGUCGUGCCUCGCCCCCCCCUGCCCAGCGCCCUCAGCUCCUGGGCUAUGCUCAGUGACGGGGACGACGGGCAGCAGAUGUACGAGGCCAUGUACAACAUCCACGCCCAGGGCCUUACUGCCUCCCUGCCUCACCAAGCCAGAGAGUCCGAUUACUCGGAGCUGCCCCCUCUGGCCAGCAGCAGUAAUGGCCCUCGGGAGCUCCGGGGCGAGGAGGAGGAGAACGGCUACGACGUCCCCAAAGCGCUGCUCUCCACGCGCCGCACGCUCUCCGAGAUCUCUGCCGCGUCCCCCUCCUUCAGCAGGGUUUCCGUGGAGACGGAGCUCACCGCAGGGCCCUCGUUCUCCGAAAGCGGUGAGGCCCCAGAGCGGCCGCCCAAACCCCUGCCGCGGCGCAUCAGCUCGGACCGGCGGCCCAGCCCCGUGCCCCCCGCGGGCGGGGCCGGCCCCCAGAUCAGCACCGAGAUCGAGCUCCUCAUGAGCCAGGGCUACUCCUACCAGGACAUCCAGAAGGCCCUGAUGAUCGCGCAGAACAACAUGGAGAUGGCCAAGAACAUCCUGCGCGAGUUCGUCUCCAUCCCCUCCACCGCCCACAUCCUGACAUAGCCGUUCCUGUGCCCAUUGGACGCUGCAGGGGGGGGGGCGUCUCCUGGCUGUCUCGUCCAGCCGUUGGCCGGGUUGAGAUGGCUCCGCCCCCUCCCGUCCCCCUUGGGGACAGAGCCCAUCUGGAGGACCGGCAGUAGAAGAAGAAGAGCGGGAAGCUUCACUGUUAGCGAGGUCUUCUCACGGCAUCGCAAACUAUACCUCACAGAUGCGCGUGUACAUAGGCGCUCGUUGCGGACAUAUAUAUAUAUUUACGUGUAUGCGUGUGUAUUUCCUCAGAGCCGCCGUGUGGAUGUUCUGGGCCCCAACGCCCUCAUGCAGGUGCUGCUGUGGAACAGAAGGGAUUGUGGGAGUUGUAGUGCAGAGCGGCCUGUAACGUGGAGGCUUUGGUACUUGCGUAGCGUGGUUGUGAGCCUGGCCCAUAGGGUGUGUGUGCAGUGCAGCAGUGAUCCUCCUGUUCUUCCCAUUGGCUUACAGGGAGAGUCUAUUGACCUUUGACUCGCAGGUUACAUGUCCCCUGUUGACUUGGCCAUCGCGGGACCGUUGGGGAUACAGUAUUGAUUUGCACUGAUCACUCGGCAUCACCCGUUACAAACCCGUUGAUGUUUAUUGCCAUGUUGAUUUGCAUUCUGUUGAUAUGCAUACGGCUGGCUAAGCAGCGAAUCUCCACCCCGGGCCACCAGCACCGCCCUCAUUAAGCUCUGUGACCUGACCCCCUGCUGACCUGAGAUCAGGUCAGUGUCUUUUUUCACUCUUUGGCCAGGGGUGGGUAAGGGCUCUGGAUGCUGAUCCUGGAUCAGUAAGCAGCGCGUACCUUCAACUCUCUGACUCUGGCUGGUGUCUCCGCUUCCUCUGGAUUCUAGUCUGAGGGACCUUGUCUGGAUCUGUGCAUUAACCCUUUUUCUCUUUAUCCUUCCUGAACUAAUGAAUGUUGACUUAACUCGAUGAUUUACCACGCUUUGUGACUUUAGUUAUUUUUCUAAGCUGUAACUGUUAACAGGCAGUGAAAGGGGGAAAGUGAACGUGUGAAAAUGAUUGCCAGGGGGGCGGUUGUGUUCCAGAAAUCUCACAGAAGCUCAUUGUAAUGAAAACAUUGUCGGGGAUGACUUUAAUAAUAUAUUGUCAUUAUUAUUAUUAUUAUUAAUAAUAAAUCAGAAGUGCUUUACUGCUGCUACUAUUGUUAGUGCUAAACAAUUAAGCCUUAAAUGUACAUUUGUGAAUAUUGUGGUUUAACAUUUUUAAAGUGACAGUAUCCCAUUAUUUUCCUCCUUUUGUAAUGUAGCAUACUUGAAAAUAUAAGUGGCUUGUGAAAGCCGCGCGACGCCGGCCGACUGGGGUCCUUCUGUUAGCCUCCCGCCAGGCAAGGGCCGCGGCGCGUACGGCCGUCCGGCUUUGGACCAACCGAAGGUUCGGCACGCCCUAAACAUUCAGUUUCACCGGCCUUUUUUGUUUUUAUUUUUAUGGAGUAACUGCGUGUGGGCGGA